UACCGUGGAGCGUCGGCGCAGCGGUGACCGGAGGAUGCCGAAACAGCGCCGUUAAAAGGACUAGAAACAUGGCUGAGGCGGCGCGAGGUCCCGUGGUUUGCCGGCCUCUGGCGUUUGCCAAUGAAGACCGGGCGGUUCACUCCUGGUCCCGGAUCUCGUCGGCAGGGCACAACGUCCUCCUGGAUGCCCUGAAGAUCCUCAGCCCGAUGUCCCGCGACCUCUCGAGUAGCGAGGAGUUGGUCACCUUCUUGAAGGAGCUGGGCGAGGAGGGCCACACGGCCACCGUGCUGCGGAGCAAAGACGUGUACGGCUACCGGUCCUGCACAAAUCUACUGCUCACCGAAGACAUGCUGAAGCCACAGAACCGGACCGUCAGACCCACCGCCAAGAGGAGGGGACGGAAGCCGCCGGUCAAGAAGAGAGACGUGCACCCGUCGUGGAGCGCCUCUGAGAAGAGUCGCCCCACGAUCCAAGGGGUCCGCCCUCCAGAGCUCCUGGUGGACCAUCGCGCCGCCCUCUGCAGUCGGACGCCCACUCGGACUGUAGAGAUGUCGCAGGCGCUGGCAGUGCGGCCGUGCCUCAGACUGACCAACAUCGAGGGCCUGUCUGGCUUCCAUACGGCCAGACUUCAGAUCCACACUUCCUGGGACUCGUCCUCUGAGGCGCCCUCCGUCGCCUUUUCACCGCAACAGCACCCUCCAACGCUUUCAGGAAUACCGUCGCAGCCUUCUCUGAAUGGUGGUCCGGGGCCCACCACAGCCGUGGCCUUGUUCAGCCAGAAGAGCCUGUCCUGCCCCAUCCGAUUGGACGGCGCCCUCAUCGGCGAUUCGGCACCUGUCUUCUACGCAAACGGAGGGGCGUUCCCAGAGACUCACACGGAGCUCACCAGCAACGGCUGGAGGAGCAACGGCUUCCACAGAGAUGCUCGGGGACCCAAGGUACUGCACAUACCGACCCGGCAGAGAAACGGCUGGAAGGACAAAAACAGUCUUAGGUGGAAAAUUGUAAAAGUCGAUGACUCUCGCUCUUUGGCUGAGGCUCGCAGAAAAGCUCAGAAGAUCCUCCAGGUCAACCUGUCUCCAGUGAUUCAGAUCCAACCUCUCAACUAUGUGCUGAGAGACUUCAGAUACCAGAAUAAGUGACGAUAAACUCGCAACCAUUGUGUCCGUUAGCAUUUGUUAGUGUUUUACAUCCAUUAGGCAGUUCCUGGCUGAGCCCCAGUGUUCGUCGCAGACGUCUGACCUGGCUUCUCGUGAUCCCUGCUGUGUGUUGGAGGUUGAGAAGUCAGAGUCCGUCUGGAGAAGUUCCGCUUCCUGACGGGGGCACUUGGGAUUUGAAGUCGGGUGUUUUGUUUUCUCAGCAGGCUGGGAAAUAACUAUCGGCCGACUGCUGGUACAUUUUCACGGUUUACUUUAGUUCACGCGAUACAGAACUUCAACCAACCAUCAUUCUGCUUGGAGCUGCUCGCCGACCUCGCGGAUGUAGUUGAGUCCACUGUGACUGUUGGGGCUGAAGGUGAAUUUCCUGUCCUUCACCAAGGCACUGGGUGCUCACAUUUGUUUAAAAAGAGUAUUUAUAACUCCAUUUUGAAGUAUGCCGCCGUUGGGUUGGAAAAGUAUUUUUUGUUUGUAGCGCCAACUGACGGUGCCGUCGGCCUGCAGCCCCCCGGUUUCCACUAGAAAGAAGGAGGCGCAUCUCGUGGUGGGACGGGGCGGUCCGGAUGGCCGGCUGAGCAGGGCCGGUCUCCAAAGCCUUCAGACGAGCAGACGUGGUGGUUGGUUGGUCCCAGAGAAACAAAUGGACUAAACGAAAAGGGGCGGGGGGUGAGGAGAAAAGUGUUUAGUUUGUCUUCCUUUUUUGUAUUUUUGUUGCGUUUCCACUGGAAAUCUGGACGGCUCUGGGAGCGAGUGCAGCAGGGAAUCGAACCCGUGGCCCACAGAGAUGGAUCGAUACUUGUUUGUCCUUCACAAAGUGUUCCUUUUUGGUUUAGUUCAUCCACACAAAAGCAAAUGUCUUUGAGUAUUUUCAAAUGUUGGGUGACUUGAUGACUUGCAGUAAAACAUGCAUCAAUGAACUGCAGAAAACGGCGAGUACGGAAGGGGACUUGACUUCAGAAAUUCAUCUUUCAAUCUUAAUUCUGGAAUUAUUACAUUCAAUAAUUCUGACUUGAAUCUUUAGACUUAAAGCUUUGUCAUUAUUCAACUCUAUCUCAGAUUCUUAUAUUUAGUUAACGGUGCUCCAGAUUUACUUUGGUCAAAUACAUAUUUGUAUUUCACAAGCAACCAACUGCCAUUUUUCUUUGGCCAACGAAAUAAAUAAUAAAAAAUGUUUGGUGACAUUUGUUAACUUGAGCUGCAGGACUGUUUUCUGACCGGUUCCAUUUGAAACUGCAGCACCAGACAGUUUAUCUCUCCCAUCAGAACUCGUCCAAGCUCCGUUGAGUCUAUGGCAGGAAUUGCACUUUGAGAGUGUGACAGUCAUUGUCGCCCGUUUCCUGGAUUUCAUUCAUGUUUUCGUUUCCUGCAUUAUGUUGAAAAGAAUAUGUGAAAUGUCAUCAAUUUGGUUUGACUUGCUUUCGAGCCCACACUGGUUUUUGCAACAGGUGCUAACUUUGCAACGUUGGUGCUGAAUUACAUGACGGGCGCAGGAAUGUCGUCACGUUUCGUUUUUUCUAGUUCAGAUUUAGAGCAUUUAGGAGCUACGACUUCAAGGGAGUUCUUUUCUUGAGGGAGCUGGUAGCACUGUAGCCCUUUGCAGAUGGGGACGAGCAUGCUAAACUCUAAGGUUCUACGGCGAGGAGCCACCGGAAUCCGUUUUCAUGUCGUCAUCUGUGAGGAACUCUUGUGAAUUCCCCCUAAAAAGUUUAGUUUGGCGUGUCUGACCACAUUGCACGAGAUAAACGUUUGGUUUGAACGCACAACACGAUGCUUUAACCCCAAACCCGUAGUCUCUUAGUCCACGUGCUAGCUUGUGCUGGAGAUUUCUACUGAUCUCAAGUUUUUUCAAUGUCAAUGAAAGCUCUGGGGAAAGCCAGUAAGGGGACCUUUUUAAGAGAUAAAUAUAUAUAUAUAUAUUAUUUUUUUAUUUUUCAAGAAAAAGAAAACCACCAGAUCUUUCAUUUCAAACGUAAAACAAAUACAAUGACCGUCAGGUCAGUGGAUGAUGAUGACCCUUUAUUCCAAAACCACAACAAAAAGUUUAUGAAUUAACACGGCUUCCCUGUUUCGAUGCUGCUUUGGGCCACUUGGUAGAACUCAACCAAUCACAUGUUUAAAGUUGGAAUGUGUGCUUUCUGGUUCAAGCUCCAUGCGUUCUCCUGGAAUAAGAGAUCUGUUGACACUGAGGCCACGUCAGCGCCUGAUUGGCUUGACAGACUUCUAUGUACAUUCUUUGGUAAUUCUCUGUUCCUGUGAAUGUUCUGGAAGAGUCUUGGUUUCCUUGCUCCGCCCCCCCCCCCCCCUGUCUGUACGCGGUCAUGUUCACGCCCACUGACGAUUCCCUUUUCUAGGUCUUUAUCUGUUAGUCUUGUUUGUGCCACACUUGUAUAAUAUUGUAUUUCCUACAUGAUCUUUGAAAACUCCUUUUGUUCAAUAAAACUGAUCUGAAAAUAA